ACAUGACAGCGAUUAGAGCAGAGGAGGAGUGUGGUGGGACAGAGGGAGAGAUGGGAACUACAAUGAAUGACAUUUUCCUGGUUUCGCCGCACAGCUCACUUCCAACAACUUGCCUUUGAUUGCUGGCUGAGAAUCGUCCACUUUUCUGGGUUGCAGGUAUGAGGGUGCUACACUGGUGCAUGCUGGGAGUGACCAUCCUGUUGCUGGUGUGCGAGGUCACCAUCAGUCAGCUAUGCAAGUCACUCAUCAUCCUGGUGGAUGGUUUCCACACGAUCUUCAUCAUGAUGCGCAUGGCUCUUACUCCUCCUCAAACUUCAAGCUUGAUAAAGCCUCCUCUCUCCUCUUUGGACUCCCCUGCGUCUCCUCCACAUCCCUCCUCCUCCUCAGCAGGACUGUUCGUAAACCUGCCUGCAGAGUCCUCCAUCAAACCUACACUUUGCACCCAGACCACCAGCGAUGGAUCAACCCUCCCAGAUCAGGCUUCCACUCCUCAGCCUCAGAUCUCUCCUCCCGUUCAGGACUGUGGUCUGUCCUACCCCAGCUGCAGGGUUCAGACUGUAGGGGCUUUCAUUUCUGCUCUCCUCCUGGCCUCACUGUGUCUCUCUUACAUAAUGGAAAUCAUCAGCUUUUCCCUGGAGCCACAACCAGUGCAGCACCCCCUGCUGCUUGUAGUGGUCAGCAUUGUCAGUCUGAUUCAUAAGAUGCUUGUGCUGUGGAUGAACUGGGAUCAGCAGCAGGCCCUGCAGAUCGAAUCUCACCUUGAAGUGAACCACAAAGUCUUGGCUGAAGGGGAAACUAAAGGCCAUGCUGAUCCAGGCCGAGUCCUGUGUGACGUUAGUCAAUCUGGUGUGGAUGACUCCCUGCACAAUGGGGUGUUUGUCCUCUGUAACCCGGGAACCUCCAGCAUCCCUGACACUGACUCUCAAAACCCAGAACCACAGGCAGAGGUCUACCUGCAUGCAGCAGUAACACAGGACAGUAGGGACUGUGGAUUAACGAGCGCUGCUGCAGAUCUGAGUCAUUCAGGAGAUAAUGCAGAGAUUUCCAAAGAUAAUGCCUUCAAGGGACAUCUUGGCAGUCAAAAGUCAUCACAUCACACUGAGAGGCCUGUGCCGAGCAGGUGCUUCGUCCUGGUCAUCCAGGGUCUUUGUACCUCCGUCCUGGCGGUAAUCAACAGCCUGGUGAUGCUGCUGAUCAGCCCACACUGCCUGCACAGCACCGAACCCUGCAGCCUCCUGGUUUACCUGGAUCCUGCUCUCUCUCUGCUGGCUGUUAUUACACUGAUUGCCACAGCUCUGCCACAGGUGCACAAGUACGGACUGCUGCUGCUGCAGUCCACACCUCCACACAUUUGUGUGUCUGAUCUUGGACGCAGGAUUGCAAGCAUCCCUGGGGUGCAGGCUGUGCACAACCUUCACGUCUGGCAGUUAACUGAAUCAUUCACGGUGGCCUCUGUCCAUGUACACUGCCACGCUGGCUUUCCAGCACACAGGUGUGCUGAUCUAAUGUCAGGGGUAACUAAGGUGUUGAAGAGUGUAGGAGUGACCUGCUGCACCGUUCAGCCAGAGUUUGCUUCCUGCUGCUCUGCAUCCUCAGCUGGCAGUGAUGGAGGAGAUGCCUCCCCGCUCGUCCACAGAGAGGACCCAUCCCUGCCUCCUCCACUGGCCUGUAACCUCGCCUGUGGAAAAGCCUGUGCUGGGAGCAUGUGCUGCUCUCCUUUAGAAGAGAGCAGGAGUGUGCUGGCACCACCAGGUGGAGAAACAAAGGAAGAGCCUCAGACACUGGUCAUCGAGAACACCUUCCUCUGACUGUCAGAUUGAACCAAAAAAUUGCACUGACAGAUAAAUGAAUGAUCUGAUAUGAUUGUAGAGAUGUAAAGAUGAUGGAUGUCUGCACAUUAUAUGUAAAUGUUCUUUUAGUUUUCAUACAUUUAAACAUUUUUUCUUAUGUUGUCUCACUUCUUAUUA